ACCUCACAAUUGUCAUUGUUUUUAUUAUCUUUUAUCACAUUUUCCUCAAAAAGUGCAAUUUCUUACCCAAAAAACACAUUUUCUUGAUUUCCUUUUGAAAUUCAUGAUUUUAACACAAAAGUGAGGUUAGAAUGUUGCUGAGAAGACUUACCGGGAGAUUCUUCUGUACAAAACCCCCAUCUGGGAAUGUCACGGAAUUACUUGAGGGUGCAGCUACAUUUGAAGACAUAAAACCCAAAAGUCCAGACGAUGAAUGGUCAACACUACCAUACCCCAAGGGAACUUCCUUCCGGCAGAGUCAGGCGGCAAAGUCAGUACGACCAAAAAGGGACCCCCGUACCACUUCCAUCAUCCUCUUUCCCGGUCAGGGAGCACAGUUUGUUGGAAUGGGAAGGAAUUUGGUGAAAAUUCCCUCUGCAAAGGAUAUUUUUGACCUUGCCAGUGAGAUUCUCAAAUUUGAUGUGUUGAAAGUUUGCCUUGAGGGUCCAGUUGAGAAGCUAAAUAGUACAAGAUACUGCCAACCUGCUGUUGUUGUUGCCUCCCUGGCAGCCCUGGAGAAGCUGAAAGAGGAACGUCCAGCUGCAAUUGAGGAGUGCAUUGCAACAGCUGGAUUUAGCCUCGGGGAAAUCACAGCGCUCAUCUUUGCUGGUAGCAUUCCAUUUGAUCAGGGACUGAAGCUUGUACAAGUUCGUGCGGAAGCAAUGCAACUGGCAAGUGAUGCAGCUGCUGGAGGAAUGGCCACUGUGCUCUAUGGGCCGGACUCUAAGGUGGGCCAGGCAUGUUUGAAAGCUAAAGAAUGGUGCGUUGAGCGUGGUGUAGAAUCCCCAGAAUGUCUUAUAGCCAACUACCUCUAUCCUCACUGCAAGGUAGUCGCCGGAAGCAUGGAAGCUCUGGAAUUUCUCGAAGCUAAUGCAAAGAAUUUUGGCCUUAGACGCGUUAAACGUCUCCCUGUUAGUGGGGCCUUCCAUACACCCCUCAUGGAGGCUGCUGUUGAACCCUUCCGGCGUGCUCUGAAGAAAAUUGAAAUCUCCGAUCCCCUCAUUAGUGUUCACUCCAACGUUGACGGACAACGCUACCGCAAUGCUGAGCACAUCCUCAAACAGCUUCCAAAACAAAUUAUUCGUCCUGUUAAGUGGGAACAGACGCUGCACAUUCUCUACGAACGUGCACAAGGAGAGUACUUCCCGCGAACAUUUGAAGUUGGCCCAGGUAGGGCUCUGACCACCGUUCUCAAGCAAGUUAACGCCAAAGCCUUCGACAAUGCCCUCAAUAUCUCUCCGUGAGCAUAAUGUAAAUUAAUAAAAUAGUUUUCUAUUAAAAAAAAAACCUGGCUGACACAA